AUGCUCGAUAAACUAGCCAUUAAAGCUUCUUUGAAAGCUGGUGAAAAGGUAACAAUGAAAGCAUCAGAGAAACUGGCUGUGAAACUUGUUGAAAAAGCUGCUACGAAAGGAACAGUAAAAUUUUUUGGCAAAACAGCCGGAAAAUUAGUAAAGAAAUUGCCCUACGUUGGUGUAGCGGUUGGUCUGGCUUUCGGAUUAUGGCGAAUAAUCGACGAUCCGGAAGAUUGGCAAUCGUAUGCUCUGGCUGUUGGUGAAUUGAGUUCUGGUGUGAUAUCGGUAAUACCGGAAAUUGGAACAAUCGCGUCAAUGGCAAUUGAUGCAGGUCUAUUGGCUUUUGAUCUGAAGUAUGUGAAACAUGAACAAGAGACACAACAAGAACCACAACAGGCACAACAAGAUCCAGAACAAGCACAACAGGAACCAGAACCAGCACAACAGGAACCAGAGCAAACACAACAAGAACCAGAACAAGCACAGCAAGAAUCAGAACAAGCACAACAAGAAAUAGGUCAUGGCAGUGAACUAUAA